CGUACCUGAGGAAGUGAUUCCCACUCCCCAUCUCACAGCGCCACAAAAUGAAAAGGAAGAGAAUCAAGCUUUCCUCGACUGAUCCCUCGCACCUUGGCCAACCCCCAGUGCCCCCCGUCUGGAUCCUCCAGGCCCCUCAGCUCUCAUUUCCCACCUUCUGCCCGUCCACAAGUGCCAACGGGAGCACGUGGGCAAAGCUGACCCUGUGCGAGUCUUGAAUCUCAACUUAUCGCAACAGAUGGUAGCGAUCAAAGCCCACCAGGAGCUUUU